CUCAUAGUCACUGUUCUCUCUCUCUCUCUAGCUUUGUGAAACUUUUCAACCUUUCUUUCUUUUUCACGAGCAUUCCCUGUAAAAGCUAGGGUUUCACUACACAAAAGGUCAAGACUCAAGAUUGCUCAAGCUUCUCUGACGGAAUCCAUUAAAGACACUUUCUUUUCUUUCUCAGUUUUGAAGACCCAAGCCAAGACUUGUCGGCACUUCCUUCUUAUUCGCCAUUGUAUAAUCCCUCAGAGUUAAGAUGGAGGAUUCUGGAUCUCCUUCUCCUUAUUUCUGAAUAUUUGUUGCUCUGAGAGCCUUUGACUUGGAACUUCUCUAAUCUCUCUGCUUAAGUGAGACACUGAGACUUAUUCCCAAUUUUGGCAGAUCAAAAGCUCUCACCAUGGGUGCUGUUGAGGUCUUAACAUUGCAGUUCUGGAGUUAUACACAGUUCUUGAAUCAAAUUGAUGGGUUCCGAUAGCGGGUUCUGUCAAAAGUUGAUGAAAGCACAGGUUUUCACCAUACAGGUUUAGACUGAACUAAUUUAUUCAGUUAUUCAGCUGUAAUUCAACUAGAUUGUCCAAGGCAAAUCUUAAUCUUAAGGCUUUAAGUGAUGGAGGAUAUUGGGUUAUUCAAGCAAGGAUGGAAAUGGUUACAGUCGAAGAGGCAUUGUUACUCAGUUGUGCGGACAGCGGCAACCUGUUUCAGGGACAAAAUUGGGAUUUUUAUGGAGCGUCAUUGGCCCAUUGUUUGCAAUGGAUUUGCAAGAGUGGGGAGGUUUCUGCACAUGUUGUUGAUUUAUUGGAGGGACUGUGUUGUUCGGGGAGCUCGGUCUUUUGUUCGGCUGGGUUCAGCGGCUCUGCUUGUUAUAAUGUGGAGUUGCUUUCUUAGUUUGACUUCAAUGUCUUGCCUACUUUAUGUGCUUCUUAGUAUGGGAGCUGCUGGAGCUGCGGUUCAGUACCUAGGUUACACUCCUGGAGUUUUUAUUGUAGGGCUGUUUGCUAUUUUAAUUUUAUGGAUGUAUGCUAACUUUUGGAUAACGGGUACAUUAUUUAUCGUUGGAGGCUAUUUGUUUUCCUUAAAUCAUGCUCGAUUGGUGGUCUUCAUGGCAACAGCAUAUGCUAUCUAUUGUGUCAAAGUUCGAGUUGGGUGGCAUGGAGUUUUUCUCUCGAUAAAUCUUGCAUUCUUAUCUAAUGAUGUUCUCAACUAUUUGCUUCAAUGGUGUGAUAAUUUGAAUGAAAGCACACGCUCUGAAGAGCACAAAGAGUCAGACUCAUUCACAGAAGAUGACCUUUCUGGGGAGUAUGAAUAUACUCUUCCGACUGAUGAAGCUGAAAAAUUGCACUCAUGCAAAUCAUCUAGCAAAACAGCUUCUACUUCAUCUUUUGUCAAAAACCAAAAAGAAUCUUCGGCUAAGCCAGUAGUCAAAGAAGAUGCAAAUUCAAUCAAUGAGAUGAAACGGAUUUUAAGUUGUAUGGAUCACUAUGAAGCGCUGGGAUUUCCUCGGCAUAAGAAAAUUGAUGCUACUUUGUUGAAGAAGGAAUACCGGAAAAAGGCCAUGCUUGUGCACCCUGAUAAAAAUAUGGGAAGCCCACUAGCAAGUGAUUCAUUUAAAAAACUUCAAUGUGCAUAUGAGGUUCUUUCUGAUUCUACAAAGAAGAGAGAUUAUGAUGAGCAACUGAGAAAGGAAGAAGUUAGAAGUGUCUCUCAGAAGUCGAAUAAUACUUCAUGUCAGCAGGAUAGUCCUGAUUAUUUGUCUGAAGAGUCGAGGCGUAUACAGUGCACGAAAUGUGGCAAUUCACAUAUUUGGGUUUGCACCAAUAGGACUAAGAUGAAGGCAAGAUGGUGUCAGGAUUGCCGUCAGUAUCAUCAAGCUAGUGAUGGGGAUGGAUGGGUUGAAUAUAAAGGCUCACUUGUCUUUGAUCGGCCUCAAAAGGUUGAAAUACCACGUGCUUUUGUUUGUGCUGAGAGCAAGAUCUUUGAUGUGUCAGAAUGGGCAAUUUGUCAGGGAAUGACUUGUAGGCCUAAUACCCAUCGGCCCAGCUUUCAUGUAAACAUGGUUGGGUUGGGGAAGACGACUCAGAGAUCCAACUCAAGCAGAUAUCCAUGGGAUUUGGAUGCCGAGAUGCUGGAUGAAGAUGAAGAUUUUGAGCUGUGGCUCCAGCAAGCUCUUGCCUCUGGUCUCUUCUGUGAAACCUCAAGACGCAGAAAGAGCUGGAGCCCCUUCAAGCUGCAUCAGAAGAAAGGGAAGAAACACUGGCGAAGAUCAUCAUGAUUGACAGAACUGAAGUUAUCAUAGGAAAUUCUGUUUCCCCUAACAAAAUCCAACCCAACUUAAAAUUGGAGAGGGUAGGAAAGGCAAUUGCAUAUGCCUUCAUACUAUAUAUUCAGAUGAAGGUUCCUGAUUAUCUCAUCACACCUUGAUGAGAAGAGAAAGGGUUGGGGUGAAACUGAGAGGAGUGAAACAACUAGUUUUACUUAAUCUUUGUGUCUGUAAAUAGUUUAGACAUCUUGUCGCAGCGUUUCCUCUUUUGCAUCAGUUUUUUCCUAAUUGGAUAGAAAUGUCAAGCGUUGAAGAUGACAAGAGAGAACAAAAUUAAGUUAGAAGCUGUUCAUGUAAAUUGAUGGAACAAUUGACCUUUGCUGUACUACAAAGUUGUAAUAAAAGGAAAAGGGAAGGGUUUUUUUUCCUAUU